UUUUUGAACUCUUCCCUCCAUGAAGCAGCUAGAGCAACUGUCUUUUGAAUGAUCCAUAAGCCUAAAAGGCGGCUAAGAAUGCUGAAACUCUUGCAGAACUGUAAAACUAUCAGGGAAUUGAAGCAAACCCAUCUUCAAAUUCUCAUGCAUGGCCUCCAUGAAAGCGAUUUUGUGUUGCCUAAGCUUAUCACUCUUGCCUCCGAACUCGUUUCCCUUGAUUACGCGGUUCGCAUAUUUCGAAAUUCUCAGUAUCCCAAUGUAAUUUCCUACAAUACUAUGAUUAAAUGCUUUGUUGGAAAGACCCAUCAAGGUGCAUUGCGUGUUUAUGAUCAAAUGAAGGCCUUGGCGAUUUUGCCGAAUAGUUUUACCUUCACUUUUCUUCUGAGGUGUUUUGAAUCGUUUGAAGCUCUAGGAGAUGGUAGAGUGAUUCAUGGUGAUAUUGUGAAGCUAGGAUUUGGUUCAAGUGUUUUUGUUCAGAAUACCCUUUUGGAUUUCUAUGCUAAAUGCGGUGGGAAUUUGGAUUCUGCGUGUCGGGUGUUUGAGGAAAUGCCUGAAAGAGACGUGGUGUCGUGGAAUUCAAUGAUUUCUGGGUACUUGGCGCAUGGAGAGGUUGAAUUUGCAAUUGGGUUGUUUGAUUUGAUGCCUGAGAGGAGUAUGGUUUCGUGGAAUUCUGUUGUUUCAGGGCUUUCUAAAGCUGGAAAUAUGGAAUUGGCUCGCUCGGUCUUUGAGAGGAUGCCAGAGAGAAAUGAGGUUUCUUGGAAUUCUAUGAUUUCUGGCUAUGUAAGCUUGGGUGAUAUCGAGUCUGCACAGUGUAUUUUUGAUCAGAUGCCAAAGAGAACUGUAGUUUCUUGGACGGCUAUGAUUUCUGGGUACACUAUGAUCGGUGAUCUUGAAUCUGCGAGGAACGUUUUUGAUCAGAUGCCAUUUAAGAACGUUGUCUCUUGGAAUGCUAUGAUUGCUGGUUAUGUUCAUAACCAUGAGUUUGAUCGAGCUCUUUAUGUGUUUCAUCAGAUGUUAAUAGAUGGCAAGUGCAGGCCUGAUCAGACAACUUUGCUCAGUGUACUUUCUGCGUGUUCUCACAUGGGGUCUCUUGAACAUGGGAAAUGGAUUGAUUCUUAUACCAAGAGAAACAAUUUUGACUUGUCUAUUCCUUUAGGCAAUGCUUUGAUAGACAUGUUUGCAAAAUGUGGAGAUAUAGAAAAUGCAAAAGCAGUUUUUGAUAAGAUGGCUAAAACAUGUGUAAUUACAUGGACUACGAUGAUUUUGGGUCUAGCUGUUAAUGGUCAGUGUAAAGAAGCUCUAGCUCUCUUUGGUAGGAUGCAUGUAGAAGGUAUUAAGCCAGAUGAUGUCAUUUUUAUUGCUGUUCUGUCUGCUUGCACUCAUGGAGGGUUGGUGGAGGAAGGUGAAAGGGUAUUUGACCAGAUGGUGCACAAGUUUGGUAUUGUCCCCCGAAUUGAGCAUUAUGGUUGCAUGGUUGAUCUUCUGGGUCGAGCAGGGAAGUUGGAAGAAGCAGUACGAUUUAUCAAAGGCAUGCAUUUAGAGCCAAAUGCUGUCAUUUGGGCCACUCUACUAGGUUCAUGUAAGAUUCAUGGAAAUGGGGACAUGUUAGAGUCUGUAACCAGGAAAAUUAUGGAGCUGGAGCCUUCAAAUCCUAACUAUUUAACACUGAUUUCUAAUUUGAGUGCAUCAAUUGGACAGUGGAGAGAUGCUUUAAUCUCUCGGGUAGCAAUGAGACAGCAAGGCAUGGAAAAAGUUCCUGGUUGUAGCUCCAUCCAAGUAGGGGAUAAGGUCCAUGAAUUUCUUGCCAGAGAUACAAGUCAUGAGGAAAGAAAGGAAAUCUAUUGGGCUUUAUCAUGUUUAAAUGGACACUUGAAAGCAGUAUGUGAUGGAUCAUGAAAAACCCCCAUGGUUCAUUGCCCUAAUAACAUACGCCUCCUGAGAUGCUAUGAGGAAGUUGAGUAUUUAAAUUACACGUCUUGGGAAAAAUUCAUUAUUUCUUUAUUCUGUUCCUGGAGCAACGUUUAUUCAAAAAGCAGGGUCCUAAUUACUUCCAAGAAAAACCUCUCUUUUAUGACACAAAAUGAGAAGGUAUGAGAGGUUUUUGGUACAUGAAAUUUUGGAGGUUGAAUUGAAAAACCCAGAUUAAAUGUCACCCAACUGGUAGAAUCAGGCAAGAGAAAAACUGUGGGCAGGCAUGAACUUGCAAAAUCAAGGUUAUGGUGGCAUGGUGAAGAAGUAUGGCCAGGGGAAGAAUAAGUGUUAAGCCUGACCCUUAUAUCAUCUAAGAGAUGGAAUGAUUUGUUGCAGUGGUGGCUUCCUUCUGGCCCCUCAUUGAAAAUGGAUAACAGACCAGAGUUGGAGUUCAUUGUCUAGAAUGAGAUACAUCAAAGCAUUGGGCCAUCCUAGUAAAAUUCAAACAUUUCCAUGGUCUUGAAGGUGAGAAAUUCAACCUGUAGAGUUGAUACUACAAAAGGAAACAAUCAUUAAAAAUUUGGAUGUCACUGUAAUUGGUGAUGAAGGUAUAAAGGAGAGUUUAUACUUAAUGGCUGGCUGCUCUAAUGCUUGCAGCUUGCAAGGGGCUCCUUUCAUGCCUGAAGAUAACUUCAGUGAGUUAAUGUGUAAUUUUUGCAACUAAACAUGUUAGUUUCAAACUUUCAAUAUACCAACACAAACUUGUU